UCUCUCUCUUCUCUCUCUCUCUCUCUAUCUCUCUCUUAUAUUGCUUUAGUGGGAGUGUUUCAAGGUGAAGACUUUGAAACCCCAUUUGGUUUGUUUUUGUUUUUGUUUAAUCAAAAGUGUGUAAUUACUGCUGCAGUUAUUACAAUAAAAAAAAAUCAAGAAAAGGAAGCAUUUGGUUUCUUGAUUUAGAGAAUGAGAAGAGAGCAUAGACGAAGAGGAGGAGCAAUGGUUGCUGCAGUUGUGCUUCUGUUACCUUUUCUCUUUCCUAAUCUCUUCACUCCUUUCACCCAUGCCUUACCCUCUCUUCUCUCGGAGUGGAAUGCUCCGAAACUUAGACAUUCUCGUUUACUUAAGAGUGCUCUGCAGCGCGAAACUUCCGAUGAACAACUGUCUGAACUGUGGAUGCCCUUGUCCAAUCAAGGAUGGAAACCUUGUAUUCGCUCGGAUAUUAUUACCUCCUCAGCGUUAACCGAGAAAUCUCAAGGUUAUAUUCAAGUGUUUCUUGAUGGAGGACUAAAUCAACAGCGAAUGGGUAUCUGCGACGCAGUUGCUCUUGCUAAAAUCUUGAAUGCAACGCUCAUAAUUCCGUAUCUUGAAGUAAAUCCCGUUUGGCAAGAUUCGAGCACGUUCGAGGAUAUUUUCGAUGUGGAUCAUUUUAUCGAGUCACUAAAAGACGAGAUAUCAAUUGUUAAAGAGGUGCCCGACGAAUACUUUUGGAGCACACGCGAAUAUUAUGCCACUGCCAUUCGAGCCACCCGUGUAAAAACCGCACCGGUUCACGCGUCCGCAAACUGGUACCUCGAUAAUGUUUUGCCCGUACUAGAGAGUUACGGAAUCGCUGCAAUUGCACCCUUUUCGCACCGUUUGGCGUUCGACAACAUGCCUAAAGAAAUCCAACGGCUAAGAUGUAAAGUCAACUUCCAAGCUUUAGUUUACGUUCCUCACAUUAGAGCACUAGGUGAUGCUCUUGUUAGUCGCCUAAGAUAUCCUUCGAGCCGAGUUGAUAGCACUAACUACCUUAAAAAAGUCGGCGAUUCUAACGAGAAACGAGGGGCCGGCAAAUUUGUUGUCCUCCACCUCCGUUUCGACAAGGAUAUGGCGGCGCACUCGGCUUGCGACUUUGGUGGAGGCAAGGCCGAAAAAUUGGCACUAGCAAAAUACCGACAAGUUAUAUGGCAAGGGAGAGUGUUGAACUCUCAAUUUACCGACGAGGAGUUGAGAAGUCAAGGCCGGUGCCCGUUGACUCCCGAAGAAAUCGGAUUAUUGCUCGCCGCUUUGGGGUUCGACAACACUACUCGCUUGUAUCUCGCAUCACACAAGGUAUACGGUGGGGAAGCUAGAAUAUCGGCCUUACGAAGUUUAUUUCCUCUAAUGGAAGACAAAAAGAGUUUGGCCUCUUCGGAAGAAAGAGCUCAAAUUAAAGGAAAGGCUUCUUUAUUAGCUGCAGUCGAUCACUAUGUUAGCAUCCACAGCGAUAUCUUCGUUUCUGCUUCGCCUGGAAAUAUGCACAACGCUGUCGUUGGGCAUCGGACGUACAGAAACACGAAGACAAUAAGGCCAAACAUGGCACUAUUGGGACAGCUUUUCUUGAACAAGAGCCUCGAUUGGGCCGAGUUUGAAAAGGCGGUUGUCGAAGGGCAUAAAAGUAGGCAAGGGAUGCUCAGAUUACGUAAAUCGGAACAGUCUAUAUAUACAUAUCCUGCACCUGAUUGUAUGUGUAAUGCUUCUUGAUUCAUUUUAAUUUAUAUGUUUACAUCUUUAUAUAUGAAUUUUGUGUGUGUGUAAUCUUUACUGAUUUCUGGCUUUGAGCUAAUAAGUUGUUUUUCAGUGUGAUCUGUUGUAAAAUUUGGGGCCAUGAUUAUUUAUACAAUGUCUUGAAUAGGAUUUAGGAUGAUUCCUUUAA